AUGUUAUCAGUAGGUGCACUACAAUAUAAUCAUAAAUUCGAAACUAGUGUAAAAGGUUUUGAUAAGCUUUUAGCCAUGAAUCUUAAUGAAUUUGAAAGUGAAAAGAAAGCCAUAAUUGAUAUUGAUGAAUAUGGUUUAGGAAUGUGUAAUGUAAUUCAGCAGGAAUUUAGUCUGCUAAAUAAUUGGAAAUAA